AUGUCUUCCACUGUGGACUUCCAUUCCUCCUUUUCGACACUGGGAGUUCCAACCAUCGACUUGACUGAGGAUCACCCGUUGAAGGCUCCCCAGAGCCAACCCUCGGGAUCUUCUCGGACUGUUCCCAUUCGGAACGGUCUACCUACCCCUCCUCACGAUAUGACCGGCGUCACCUACAAUGCUAUGCCACCUAUCGCAUAUGGGGGGAAACCGAAUGGGGUGCCCUCUCACAUCUACGGCCGUUCCCGCCCCCAGUUCGAUUCCGUUCCCUCGUCCAUGGCCAUGAAACCGCAAAGUUACACUGCUAAAGAAGCCUCCACUGAACCAACCGCUCUGAAGAAGUCGAACAGUGUGACUGGAUCGCAACUCCGCAUUCCUUCAUCCAUCAACAACAGCAAGGGCAGUUUGGCCGAGUUUGCAGCUCAGAUGACCUGUCUAUUCUGGUUUGAAAAGACCUCGAAACUGCAAGCCAUCGAAGACCGCCAACCUCAAGUUCCUUCCUUGGUCGCCGAGGCCGUACCCACUGUCGGAUUUCAAAAAUGGGUUUCCACGAUUCUCUCCACUACGCAAGUCAGCCAGAAUGUCAUUCUAUUGGCCCUACUAUUUAUCUACCGCCUCAAGAAAUUCAACUCUGGGGUCAAGGGCAAGAAGGGCAGCGAGUUCCGGUUAAUGACGGUUGCGCUAAUGCUCGGCAAUAAAUACCUCGACGAUAACACUUACACCAAUAAGACGUGGGCUGAGGUAUCAGGCAUCGCGGUGCACGAAAUUCACAUUAUGGAGGUCGAGUUUUUGAGCAACAUUCGCUAUGAUCUAUUCUCCUCCGAGGAUGAAUGGUCCCGAUGGCACACCAAGCUAGGACUCUUCGGAGACUACUUCAAUCAGGCCUCGAUACUACCCGUCGAGCCCGUCCCCAUGCUCCGUGUUUCGCCUCCCUGCGUGCAAUCCCAGUCGCCGUCCAAGUUGCCGUCGCCUGGCACCGAUGUCUUCCGAUCCCAGGCGCCCAAUUGGUAUAUGCCACCCAAUGGAAUGCCAUACUCGCUGCCGCCACAACAGCCACAACACAUGGUCGGCGAGGUUGCGAUAGGUGGCUCUCGGAAACGAAGCCGCGAUGAGAACGAUGAGCUUCACCCAACCAAGCGAGUUGCGCUAUCUACAGCCACGUCUGCUCCUUCAAUGACAGUCCCAGUGGCUGCCAUGAAUACGAUGCCUACCCUGCCACCUGUCCUGACUCCCACUUCUGCCCCGGUAGCACCAAUGAACAUUUCUCGUCUUCCGCUUCCUCACCAUCCGCCUCCCCUUACAACUUCUUAUUCCGCGCCUCAGACACUCCCUCCCACGGCAACUUCCCACCUGCCAGCUAUUAUGCCUCCUAUUUACAACCGGCCCGCGAACUGGCAGCAGAUGCCUCCUCUCUCCGUUCCCCCCAUGCCCUCUAGCAUGUACAGCAACCCAUCACUGCCAGAAAUCGGUCGGCACCACCAGAGCCCAUUCGGUGUAUCUUCUGCCACCGUCUCGCCGGCUGGUUCAGCCUACUCCGUCCACACCCCGCAGACACACCUCUCUCCUUCUUUCUUCCUCGCCAACCGCAACUCGCCUUACCGGCCAGUGCGUUCUGUCAACACCUUGCUGAUUCCACCUCCGUCAAGCUCCAUACAGCAGCAGCGCAAUGUUCCGUUUGACCAUAUGCAUUACCAGCCGCUUGGGAAAGGUAACACCUCUCGCAAGACCGGCCUGCUGCCCUACAUCCAGCCUGACGCGUGGAGCCAAGCUUCAUACGUGCACCCUGUCUACCCACCCACCGGUUACUCGGGGUAA